AUGCCGCCGAAACAGAUCAUGGGCAUCUGGGAUGCAGACGACGACUGGACGACGCUGGAAUGUCCUGACGAGAGGCGGAAGAGGCAGAAUCGUAUCAGCCAACGGAUCUGGCGUAAACGACGGCACACUGAGCGAUGUGCUACGACACUUUCACGCGAAUCAACAGAUUCCGAUAGCCACCCGCUUGCGUGGCUAAACUCGUCCGAUGAAAGAAAGCACCAAAGCGCAAUUGCUUUUGUCCACAUGGUGCUGUUCAACACGAGCGUACCCUUGCAAGUACCGCAGAGUGCUCUCACUCUCGCGCAACUGAAUGUUCUCAAUGCGUUCUUCAGCAAUGCAGCUACUCUUUCCAUUUCUCCGAUUGAUCUCGCUAAUAAGGACGCCCUAUCACCAUUCAAUGUUUAUGGGCCGGAGCAUUCAGAUGCUUUAAGCCUUCAGCCAACGAUUCCGCAAGAUCUUCGUCCCACCGACCUCCAGAUUGCAGUGCCGUACCACCCAUUACUAGACCUGCUUCCGAUUCCAAGCUUGCGGGAUGGUAUUCUAACCGCAUACACAACGACCGGGUUGACUAACGACAUGCUGUGCAAGAACUUGUGGGGCGAACCAGAUGGUUGGGACGGUUCUGAUACUGCUUUGGCUCCACUGGUUGUAUGGGGAGUGCCACACGAUGCCCGAAGCUGGCAAAUGAGCCUUCGGCUGAUCAAGGAACUGAGGUCCAUGCGUAUAAUCUGUUCCUAA